AUGCGGAGGUCGAAGACUUCGCGACUCGGUAGAUCGCCGCUCUGCUCCGCGCGCAGCUCUAUGUCCGAGUCUUCUUCUUCCUCGUCGUCUUCCUCUUCUUGUUCCUCUUCUUCUUUUUCCUCUUCGUGUGCGUCUUUGCCUUCUUCUACGCUUCCCGGCUCCUCUUCGCCUCCUUCUAGGUCUCGCCUUUCUUGUUCACAAUGUCGCCGUCGCCCUGCAGCGGCGCGCGCAGAAUGUUUUCGCGCGGCGCCGCUUUUUCGCGGCCUCUUGCCUUCCGUCCGCCGCCUCGCGUCCUCUCCCCGGUGCUUCCUCAUCGGAGCGCUCGCCGCGAUGCUCCUAGUCGCGCUCGCUGCCGCGGGGACUCGACUGGCGCCGGAGUCUCGCGCGGCGCGGGCAGACGCUGAGGCGCCGAUUCGCCCCUCCGAAGAGCCCGACGUUCUCGCGCACGGAUGCAGCCCCUCGGAGGCCUCGUGCGCGCCUGAGGCGGCAGCCGCGGGAGGGUGGCGCAAAGAGGAGGGUGCAGGAAGCAGAGCAACCUGCGCUUCUGCGCGCGAGUCUUCUGCCUCUGCGCGCGAGUCUUCUGCCUCUGCGCGCGAGUCUUCUGCCUCUGCGCGCGAGUCUUCUGCCUCUGCGCGCAAGUCUUCUGCCUCUGCGCGCGAGUCUUCUGCCUCUGCGUGCGAGUCUUCUGCCUCUGCGUGCGAGUCUUCUGCCUCUGCGUGCGAGUCUUCUGCCUCUGCGCGAGAGUUGCCGCGCUCUCUCGGCGCCGAGAAAGGCGCCGGCGACGCGCGAGGGCGCGCGGGAGAUCGAGCAGAAGAGGCGGAGGCGUCGCUGGAGAGCGGACGCGUAGGCCGGCAGGGUUUCAUUUCGUCUGGCUCGCGGCACGCGGACUCCCCCGAGGCCGGAGACCCGGGCGAGGAGGAACCGGGCGAGGGAGAGGAGGAACCAGACGCUCUGCUCGCAGAACGCGUGGUGCUUUGCGACGAUCUGACGGAGGCGCGUGACGCCUGCGACGCGCAUCCCCGGUGUAUGUACAUCGCGGCUGCAGACGUGGAGGGCGAGGCUCAGAAAGGCGCGUGCAUUCUUGACUUGGAGGUUAUGAAGCAGCAGGUCAAAGACGACUGCAUGAUGCUCCCCAGAGGCACUCUCCUUGGGAUGGCGCGCGACCUUCAGAAGGCUGAGCUGCUGCGCAUGGGGCCGUCACUGGUCAGCUUUCUGCGGACGCGCGGCGACACCUCGCUCCUCUGCCGCGCAGUGACCCGCGCGUACUUCUCUGUUCCGUAUAUCCAGCUGCAUGCACUGCGGCGCGACAGCCAGGCGCGGCAGCAGGCCGCGGGAGAGGCGGAGGUGAAGGCAGGCGCGGCUUCGCCUGAUGCAGACGGCGGCGAAGGGGGCAGGGCGUCUUUGGAGGGGCUUCUGCGGACCCUGUCGGCGAGGCCGUGGAAGUCACUGGAGCCCUGGGAGAAGCUCGUCAGAGCUCUUCACUGA